AACCUUGCCCUUGGUGCUUGCAGCUUGGUCUAAAAGACAGACACUGCGCUUAUGAUUUUGGUUUUUUAUCGAUUUAUGGCGAUUUUUAAGUUAAAAUAUGCGCAGGAUUAAAGGUACGAAUGCUUUAAUCCGAAUGAAAAAAGAAAAGGAGCGUAGAAUUUUUCGAAAUUGAAUAUCGAUCAUCGAAACCCAAACACAGCAGCGCGAUGGUGGCGGAACCUGGCAGAACUUACCAGCAACAACGCGAAAUGAAAAUGAAACCAAUGAAACAAGCAUGAAUUGUCCCCCAUUUUCCGCGUAGUCGUGUGUUUAUGCAGCUUGCUGUGGUGCAGUGCGCUUGACAGUGUUUGUUUUGUCCACUUCCGUGUAGAUUAAUCGCCGCUGAACUCGAGUAUGGUGAGCAAACCUCGGCUAGGCCGGGAUUCGCUCACGGAUCUACACGGCCCGCCAACGUCAAGAACGAGCUUCCUCGAAACGACGCCCGAUCGGCCCGAGCCGCGAGUGAUCGCGCCGACGGAACCCCCCGCCGAACGACAGUAGGCCGUCCGUGACCAUGGCGAUCGCGUGCAGCGACCGCAAGUUCUUCUGCCAGGCCGUGCAGCACCUGGCGCGGUCUCUGGCCUGCAUGCAGCCGACGCCCCCUUCGAAGCUGGACAGCCUGCUGCGUCUGUGCCCGCAGGAACUGCCGCAGGGCAACUUCCGGAUCGAUCAGCGCGGGCAGGACGCCGUCAUCGCGACGGGCAUCUACUUCCUCGAGUCGGGCUUCCAGGCCAAGGACAAGAUCGUGCCAUACCUGCUCCGACUGCUCCGCGGCCUCGGCAAGGCGGUGUGGCUCGACGAAGUGCGCCACAGCGACCAGGAGCGCAUCCCCGUGUGCGAGCGGUUCGCCUUCUGCCUGGCGACCCUUCUGAGCGACAUCGCCUACCUGUGCGAGGAACUCCGCGAGGAGAUCAUCAGCGCCCAGAUCGACUUCCUCGCGGUGCUCGUCAACAUCUGCAAGAGCUUCGCCGACGCGCAGACUCCCCGGGGCAGCACGGGCAAGGUGACGCUGUGCCGGUCCAUCGUGCCCCUACUGAUCGGCACGGCUCGGGCCGUGGGACGCGCCAAAGCGUCGGCGCCGCCGCUCUUCUGCCAGAUCUUCCCCCCGCCGGAGAAGGUUGUGCUUUCCACCGAGGACGCCCCUAGACAGCGGAGCAGCAGCAGUUCGGGCAACACGCUGCCCAAGCGCCGGACCUUCAACAACUUCCGGCCCAUCAUCCCGUGCUCUCUGUCGGAGCUGAGCCAGCUGGCGCACGGCCGAGACAAGUCUUACGAGGACGAUGACGAGGUGUCCAGGAGGUCGUCGGUGCAGAGCCAGUCUUCCGUCAGCUACGACGCCACCACCCACUUCUUCAGCAAGUACGGCUCCAGCUACUCGCAGAUGCAAGGCACACCCAAGAUCCAGAACCCGCUGAUGCUCUCCAUCAGCAAGCUGCAGGCCAUCCUUGGUGUCACCAAGAAGCUUCUCGUCAAGGAUCUCUUGCAUUUCUUGGACACUCAAGCUGCGGAAGUGUACAGCUCGGGGCAGUUGAAGGUCUUCCCCUACAAGUCGUUCAGCGAAGUUCUCAACCUGGUGAUGCUUGUGCUGCUGCAAGAGUUGCUGUGCCAUCAGACAGGGCACCCGGCCCCUUUCACGAAAGACGUCCAGGAGUUUGUGAAAGUGCUGUUUCUGAACGGGCAGACGGAACUGCAGAGCAAGAACCAUGAUGCAAGCGAGCGGGAAGACAGGGAGUCCAACUAUACCACUGCCAACCGCUUCAAGCUGAAUGUCCAAGCCAAUGCCGCUUGCGUCGACUUGCUCGUCUGGGCCACGAUUGAUGAGAAUGGGGCGGAGACCUUGUGCACAUACUUGUACGAAAAAAUCCACACUCCUUGCAACCUCAAGCUAGCCUUGGGACAUAUGCCACUGUUGCUCGUUUGUCUCGAGGGAUUUGGCAAGCUAGCCGAGAAGUUCCCCAACAUUGCGCAGACCAGCAUCUCUGCUCUUCGAGACUUCUUGGUCAACUCUUCUCCCAUCCUGACAAAGCUCCAUUUCCAGAACAGCAAUCUGGCAUCCAGGUCUGGAGGAGCAGGAGCCACAGGCAUCAGUGUUGCAGAGUCCUCACAGGUGAACAACAAGACUGCCACCCUGUCUUCUUCUGCAGUGGCCUAUGAGAAGCUUCGCGACACGGCCAUUGAGAACUUAUGUCGAGCCCUGAAGGUUGGACUGCAGCUGGACCCCGAGUGCGUACAAGCCUUUCUUGCGUCAGUCUCUAACCGACUCUACCAAGCAGAGACCAAGGACCCCGAGCCAGGACUGGUGGCCACCAAUACAAUCCUCGCCUUGGGUCAUGUCGCUGUGGCGCUAAAAGACACCCCCAAGACCACUAAGUCCAUCUUGCAGUUUUUCCAACAGAAGUUCUGCCAGCCUGCAUCCCCCCUCGACUCACUCAUCAUCGAUCAGCUGGGCUGCAUGGUGAUAGCAAAAGUGGACCAUACUGUGUACGAGGAGGUGAUGAAAAUGUUUGCCAUGAUCACUGUGGAGUCCAGCUCUGCGUAUAACGUGGGAAGCGUUGAGGACAGGAAGCAGGGCUACCGCCAUGUCUCCCUGGCUGUCAUCAAUGCACUGGCAAAUGUUGCAGCCAGCUUACAAGGAGAGGAAGACCAGCUAGAGCUCCUAGGGACUCUGCUGGAACUAUUUGUCCAGUUGGGGCUGGAGGGCCGGAGGGCCAGCGAAAAACAGACUGCCCUCAAGGCUUCCAGCAGUGCUGGAAACCUAGGGGUCCUCAUCCCAGUGAUUGCCGUGCUCAUCCGACGCCUCCCCCCAGUCAUGGACCCUAAGCCCAGGCUGCACAAGCUGUUCUGGGAUUUUUGGCUCUACUCUGUGGUCAUGGGGUUCACCUCGGAGUCAGGGUUGUGGCCCCGGGAGUGGUAUGACGGUGUGCGAGAGAUUGCUGCCAAGUCUCCUUUGCUGGUCUCCAAGGAGCACUUACGUUCGGUGCUGCAGUACAACUCGGCUAUCCGCAAUGACACAGUCUCUUUGGGGGAGCUCCAAGAGCUCAAGAACCAGAUCUUGAAGCAGCUCAAGUCUGAACACUCACAGGAUGUCAGCGCUGUGGUUAACAAGCUCAACUUUUCUCAGUGUACCUACCUUCUCUCAGUCCUUAGGCUGGAAACUUUAAGGGUGCAGAACCUACAUGGGGAAAACAACUUUCAGAACAUGAUGAAGUACAUGGAGUUCUCAACAAUCCAGAAAGACAAGGCAGGCAUGUGGCAGUGUAUCAUGGCUGUUGCAGACAAGGUCUUCAUGGCCCUCCUGGAUGUCAUGUCCAACAAGCCCAAGAAGAAAGAAAGGGAUGAAGAGUUGGAGAAGCAUGCUACAUUCCUCCUCCUUAAGUUCAACCACCCUCAGAAGCAGAUUCGGCGUGUUGCAGACAAGUACCUUUCUGCCCUCGUGGACACAUUUCCACAUCUCCUCUGGAGUGGAAAGGUACUGUGGACAAUGUUGAACAUCCUCCACGUUCUUGCCAAGUCUCUCGAGCUAGAUCCUAAUGAGCUCAUCUCAGAUCUUCCGGUUCCGGGGACGCCAUAUGUCCUAACCCUUACAGACACGCUCGAGGCAAGGGAGAGCAUUGUCCAGGACUUUGCAGCACGGUGUCAGGGUAUCGUACAAGAGGCGGUCAAGUGGGCACCCAUAAUCACACGCUCCCAUCUUGAAGAGUACCUAGCCUGCUACUCCUACACUGCAGAUGGUCUCAUUCAGCACAGUGGGGUCGCUUUAGCAAUAGAGAGUGUACUCCAAUUUGCAGGACUCAACACUUAUUCAGCACCAUUGCCACUGUCCACGCUGGACAAGUGGCCCACUUGUGUCAAGAACAACUGCUCAGAAUUUGUUUGCUCGAUGGGUCUUCGGUGCCGUUUUGCGGGAGAGAUAACAGGCUUGUUAAUGGGUGCUGAAGACAUUGAUGCCAUGCACAAAGAACUCUCAUCUCGUCUUCUUAAUCAACUAAAGUCCAGCUGGGAGAAAAAGGAUGAGCACAUCCACAAAGAGUGUAUCUUUAGGGUCUGUGCACUGCUAAUCCAUAAAUCUGGAACUGACAGAGCACUACUGCAUGCUCUGUGCUGGUCUCCAGUUGAGCUCUUCACAGAUGAAGUGGUGAGAAGCACGGUGUCUUGCUGGCAAUGGCUUCUCGCUGCCAGGCCUGACCUGGAACUCCAGUUUCUGCAAGAAAUGUCUGCAGCAUGGCACAUGACUGUGGACUUGAAGCUUGGCCUUUUUUCCGAAGAUCCACCAUAUUUGGAUCCUUCUGCAAGUCACGAAGGACAAGCCCUGGAGCCAAACCCACCCUUUGUAGCCCCACAUACCAUCUGGGUGCGGUUUCUUGCAGAACGCAUUGAGACCGCCAAAUACAGCAGCCUUGAUCAGGUUGAGAUCUUUGCCCACAUCCUUCACCGAUCUUUCUCGGUCAGUAUCGGGCAGCGGAACAACCACUGCUGCCGCCACGUUGCAGCCGUAGGCACACAGUUCCGUUUGCUGACAGCUGGCCUUUCGUUGCUCCAGGGAGAUGUCCUCCCACAAGGAAUCGGGAAAAGCGUGCUCCGGGAACGCAUCUAUUCGGCAGCUCUUGAUUACUUCUGUGGACCUCAAAUGUGCCCUACUCAGCAAGGGGCCGAUCUUCGCGAUGACAUAAACGUUCUCGUCAAAUUCUGGUCAGCCGUUCAUGCGGACAAAAAGUACCUCAAAGCCACCACUAUCUCUGAUAUCUGGGAGACCAGUACCCAAAGCAACUUGUCGGUAAUCAUGAACCAAGACUUGCGUGGCAGCACAGAAGUACUGCAGUCACGGUCCACUCCAACAGGCUGGAUCAACACCGUUCCAUUGAGCAGCAACAUGUCAACAAUCUCGAGGCGGUCGUCAGCUGGAAGGGGGUCCGCAGCAAAGGACCCGUCUACAGAAGUCUUCAUCAAGGACUACCUGAAGAAGCGCAAUUUGAUCCUCGGACUCCUAGCCGUUGAGAUCGAGUUCCUCAUCACCUGGUACAACCCCUUGUCUACCUGGGAGCGUACCAUCACCGGUGAAGAUGUUAUCGCCACCUGGAGAAGCCAGCCAGUCACCGACCGAACCAUGAGGGAAGUGGCUAGGCUCUCCUGGGAAACGUCUCCGACCCUCGCCAUCUACAUCCCGUGUCGCUUCAAGACGUCUGACACCAUUGUUGCCGAGGUGUCACGGCUGGUCCAGCAGAAUCCUACAGUGGUGUGCCAUCUGCCAGAGGCUCUCCAGUAUCUUACAACUCCAGAGAGUGUGCUCAGCGACCAGAUGGAACUCAACCACAUGCUCACUUGGGCUCGUGUGUCCCCCAUCAAAGCGCUCGCCUACUUUUCGAGGCAGUUCUCACCACACCCAAUCACCGCUCAGUACGCAGUUCGCGUGCUCGGAUCCUUCCCACCCGACACGGUGCUGUUCUACAUUCCGCAGCUCAUGCAGGCAGUUCGCUACGACUCCAUGGGCUACGUGACAGAGUUCAUCAAGACUGCCGCCAGCAAAUCACAACUGCUUGCGCAUCAGAUGAUCUGGAACAUGAAGACCAACAUGUACUUGGACGAAGAGGGUCACCAGCAAGAUCCUGACCUCUUUGAACACUUCGACAACAUCAUGCGGCACAUCACCGGCCCCCUCUCGGGUCCUGCCAAACAGUUCUAUGAACGCGAGUUUGACUUCUUUCAGAAGAUCACUUCGAUCUCGGGAGAAAUAAGGGUCUACCCCAAGGGAGCAGAACGAAAAAAAGCGUGCCUCACCGAACUUGCCAAAAUUGCCGUUCAGCCUGGUUGCUACCUGCCCUCGAAUCCGGAGGCAGUGGUCGUGGAUAUUGACUACAAGUCGGGCACGCCAAUGCAGAGUGCUGCGAAGGCUCCUUUUCUAGCCCGUUUUAAGGUCUCACGUUGUGGAAUCAAAGAGCUCGAGUCCAAGGCAUUAAGUAUCUCGCAGACAAGCAUGCCUCAGAUGAAUGCCGCCCACGAAUAUUGGCAAGCGGCGAUAUUCAAAGUCGGUGACGACGUCCGACAGGACAUGCUGGCCUUGCAAGUGAUUGCGCUUUUCAAGAACAUCUUCAACCAUGUCGGUCUUGACCUGUAUUUGUUCCCGUACCGCGUUGUGGCCACAGGACCCGGUUGUGGCGUCAUCGAGUGUGUGCCCAACGCCAAGUCGAGGGACCAGCUUGGUCGACAGACCGACAUCGGCAUGUACGAGUACUUCAUAAAAAAGUAUGGCGACGAACAAACCCAGGCGUUCAGGGAAGCGCGCCGUAAUUUCAUCAAGAGCAUGGCAGCGUACAGUGUCGUCGGCUUCCUGCUUCAGAUCAAAGACCGCCACAACGGCAACAUCAUGCUGGACACUGACGGGCACAUUAUCCACAUCGACUUCGGGUUCAUGUUCGAGAGCUCGCCCGGUGGGAACCUGGGAUUCGAACCGGACAUCAAGCUCACCGACGAGAUGGUCAUGAUCAUGGGCGGCAAGAUGGAAGCCGCCCCUUUCCGCUGGUUUAUGGAACUCUGCGUGCAGGGCUACCUUGCCGUGCGCCCCCACCGGGAGGACAUUGUCACCCUGGUGUCUCUAAUGCUGGACACGGGCCUGCCCUGCUUCCGGGGCCAGACUAUCAAGCUGCUGCGUGCACGCUUUGCGCCCCUGGCCGCCGAGAAGGAGGCUGCCGCCUACAUGCAGAAGAUCAUCCGCGAUUCCUUCCUCAACUUCAGGACGCGCACCUAUGACAUGAUACAGUACUACCAGAACCAGAUUCCCUACUGAACUGAGUUUGUUGCAUUUUGCGAAUGCAUGACUAGUUUGGUUCUUAGAGAUUGGCUUAUGCAUGGUGUGUAGUCACGCGUGAGCAAAGCACACGAUGUGUAGUUUUAUACGUGCUAAUCGAAAUCUGGGCACAGCGUUUGAGUGUGCAUUUAGUGUUUUGUUUGGCUAAAGUCACAAGCAAAAGUGUAUUGGGCCACUCGCAUAUGUAAGCUGUUGCAUGUUGUAAGCUUACUAGGUCUUGUUGCAUGUUCAGGAAUGGGCAGAUCAAAUGAGAUUCACAGAACAUUGUGUGCAUAUGUAAUGUUGCUUAGGUUGCUUAAUUUUGCCAUACGCUAAUAUGUGUACCCCGUCUGCAGUGUGGCUUGGCUCUUGAACUUUAAACUGCAUGUAUGUUGAAGCACGUGUCUGUCUUUUACGAUAUGAUUGGUCAGAUGUCACAAUGUUUACAUUCUAUGGUUUAUCGGAAAUGCCUUGUUUCAUUCUUGUAGCAGUGUUACUAAAUCCUGCCUUUUGUUUUGCCCCCAAUCCAUAUUUAUAGGAGCUUAAUAUUCUUGGUAAUGUGUGUACGAUUAUAAUGUCUGUGUAUUUUUGAAAUAUGCACUAUGUAGGCAUAUACUGAAGCUUGUCAAGGAAGUGUGAGGGCACUGUGAUAAUUUGCCCCAUUGUCUAGAAGGCGCUGAGACUAUCUAAUACGCUAAUGUUAUGUAUGGCGCAAUCCGUGUGUGCAUUGUAGAGCGCCAAAAUAUAUAUGGAUGUUAAUAAAAGAGUAUUGUAGCAAAAAA